AAUUCUUUGGUCCGAACUGCGAUUUUUGGGGUAUCGGGAGGACUCUGUGAUUUCAUUGGAAAGACUUUAUUCAGAAAAGACAAUGAACCGGAACAUUUUAUAUCUAGCAGAGCGAAUCCACGGGAUAUUCAAGUUUGUAAUAAUACAUCGUCUGUACGAUUUACAUAACGCGUGGAGCUGAAGAGGGAAUAAUGGCGAUGCAUUCUAUGCUGAGCUAUGAUAAUCCUUUGUUUGGGAAGUUUGCCUUUUAUUCAGGUGUUGUCAUCGGAAAAACUUUGUUAAUGAGUGCACUGACUGUUCGACAACGACUUACAUAUAAGAUAUUUGUGAAUCCCGAGGAUGUGGCGUAUUGUGGUGGUAAGGCACCCACUAUCGGCGACCAGGGAGUGGAAAGAGUCCGAAGGUGUCACCAGAAUGAUAUAGAGAACGUAUUCCCCUUUGUGUUCCUGGGAUUCUUCUACAUUUUGACCAGUCCGGACCCUUGGUGGGCCACGCUGCUGUUCCGGGUGUUCGCCCUCUCUCGCUGCCUCCAUACCGUGUGUUACCUGGCGUCAAUUCCCCAGCCCUCACGUUUCCUAACCUUCAUGACAGGCUAUGUUGUCACUGGUUACAUGGCGGUAGCUGUUAUCCGCGCUGGAAGAUUUUAAACCUCAAAACUUGAAGGAGACAGGAGAACUUCCUUUACAUUAAUCACUUGCUACAUGUGUACAUUUAAGGGGGAGGGGCGACCCUCUGAUAAAGGAAAUAACUUCCCAAGUAAAUAAUCCUAAAAUGUCCAAUAGUUUGUCUUAUCAGGUUAAGGGUACUUGGCAGUUCAGUAAAAUCUGAAAUAAAAUGCAAGCUUUGACAUUUAGUUUCUUUUGCCAAUAUACAUUUGCAUCCAAUUUUUUUUUAAUCUCUUACGAAUUGCUACAGCUCUAUCUUUUUUAUAAACAAUUUUAAAACCGCAGUAAUGUAUCAUUUACGAUAUGUAGCAGGUACGUAAUAUUGUUUACGAAAG